CUUCCGCUUUGUGGCUGUGCCGGGGAUAGACCCACGUGUUAGUGUUGAUGUGCUGCUACAUUGGAUCUUGUGUUGUGUGAUCUUUAUUGGGGGGCCCAGUGAUCUAAGGCACAAUGGCAGGGGAAGAGGAUGAGGCAGAUGUUCAGGAUCAGCUGGAUUCCGUUCUCAGUAACCUGUAUGAUUUCGGUGAUGAUUUUGAAUCUACCAAAGUGACUGUAUCUGAAGGUGGACAACAAAGUGAGGGCGCUCCACCUGAUUAUGAAACGGAAGGAGUGACUGACUCAGGGGGACAUCAGCUCCCUAAUUUGGACUUUCCUAUCUCUAAACGGGGAAAGAAAAACCCAUCUUUUUUCUUCAACGCUAUCAAAGACGAACUGCUCAGCCAAUCAAAAGGCACAGCUGCCUCAAGCAGUACAGUCACCAAACCUGGGAUUGAAGUUGUGACAUUUGUCAGUCGCAAAGAUAAAAAGAAAGCCAAGAGCAGCGACGUGCAAGACAGAGAUUCCGAGAUAACCUUUGAUUCAAAAGAGGAAGAAAACGAUGGAACAUUCGAUUUUGAAAAGGCACGCUUGGAAGUCCACAAGUUUGGUAUUACGGGUUACAAGAAAGAAAAGCAAAGGAAAUUUGAACAGGAGAGAGCAAUUAUGCUUGGAGCAAGGCCUCCCAAAAGAGAACAUGUGAACUACAAACUUUAUCAAGAGAGGAUAAAGGAACGGGAGCAAGCAAAGAAAGAAAAAAGCCUUAAGGAAACUGCCGGGGAACCAGUAAAGAAAAAACAGAAACAAGGACAGAAAGUCAGGAGGCCAAGGAAAGCAAAAGGAUUUGUGCCAAAUGGACAAGUGGGGAGGUUUAGAGAUGGUGCACUGAUUCUGAGUAGCAAAGAUAUUCACAAGAUUAAACAAUCCAAAGUUAGUAAAUGAAAAAUGACUCCAUAAAUUCUACACAAGGACUGAGAAAUGACCAUUCUGAUGUCAGUGCACA